AUGCCGAAAAAAGAAACAAAACGGCGAUUUACGCCAAGCUUAGAUAGAAACGAAAAGCCCCCUCUCAGGAGGUCCAACACCUACUGGGGUAUUCUCUUUCCAACUGAAAAUAACACAAGAUACCCUCAAAUUCGUUUAUUUGAAGAUAGACACACAAUCGGUUAUGGUGUCACAAAUACGACUGUCUUGGGUGAAGACGGAAUCAGCUUUCAUCACUGUACAAUCUAUAAAGAUUACUAUAGUGAAAAUGGUAAAAAUAUCACCAAGUAUAUGCUAGAAGAUAAAAGUUCUUUGGGGACUCUGGUGCAAGGAAAUCGAUGCAGAACCAAUGAACCUGAAAGAAUCUAUCAUGGCCACAUAAUCGGUUUGGUAACAUGUAACGGUGUUCUUGAGUAUAAGCUACUUGUAAAUGAGGAUCCUGAGGAGCGUGGAUCAUUCGCAUCGAAGUGGACUGUUAUCAACCAUCUAGGAAGUGGUCACUUUGCAGAUGUAGAGAUGGUUGUACCUUUUGGGGAAGAUCCCAACGAUCCCUCUACUCGAAAGGCUGCUGUUAAAAUUAUCAAAACUGACCGUCUCCAUCACCCAAAGCUUCGUGAAAAUCUUAAGAUAUAUAAUGAAACGAACAACAUAUAUAUUGUAAUGGAAUACGUACCCGAGAAAGAGUUCUUUGAUCUGAUUUAUGAGAAAAGGCUUCUGACUGAGAGUCAAACGCGAAAAGCUUUCUAUCAGAUCUUCAAUGCUAUCAAGUAUUUGCACGACCGAAAUAUUAUUCACCGGGAUCUGAAACCGGAGAAUAUAUUAAUGGUCGAAAAAGAAAAAAUGACUCUUAAGAUUUCCGAUUUCGGGUUAUCUAAAAUCCUCGGUAAUUCGGACGAAGUGAUGACAACUCUGUGUGGAACUCCGACUUAUGUUGCCCCAGAAAUACUUACUCCAAGAGAAAGGAGAAGCUAUAAUUCCAAAGUCGAUAUGUGGAGUCUAGGCGUCAUUCUGUACGUAUGCCUAUGUGGCUUUCCGCCUUUCUCGAAUGAUAGGAGCCCACCAAGUCUAACCGAGCAGAUAAGAAGUGGAAUCUAUACAUUUCCAUCGCCUAUGUGGGAUACAGUCAGCGAGAAUGCCAAAGAUCUUAUCAGAAAUCUGUUGGUAACCAAUCCUGACGAACGUUUCUCGGUUGACGAAGCGAUAAACCAUCCUUUUAUGACCGCUGGAUUUGAUAUUAACGGUGAUGACGAUUAUGACUAUUUAGAUAGAGUUGGAUACCACGUGGAAAAAGGCCAAACCUUGAUGAUAAUCCCUCGAUUGCGAAAAGUGAACCAGGAAGGAACCGAAAGGUUGGCCAAUGAACCAUGUACGAAUGUGAUAACUAGUAAGAGUAAUGAAAGACUUCCCAAAGUCAGCCCACAAUCGAACAUCAAUGAAGUAGAUACUCAUUCGCAAUUACACUUCACAACGUUUGGAAUGCAACCUCUUGAAGGCACAAUCUAUUCUGCGGCUGGUAGCUCAGUCUACAUGACAGCUAACGAAUAUUCGGAUGCCUGGUUCCCACAUUAA